AUGUCAGUAUCUUCAACUUUGAAGCUAUUCUUUUCUUCCUUCCUGCCUAAGGCAGGUUUGAUAGUCAAUAUCUCAGGUCAGAAAGGCGAAACAAUGGCCAAGAGAGAGUGUCAUGUCAAGAAGGAAAAGCUUCCUGGUAGAGAAUUAAUAAAUGUGGUGUUUGCUUGGUCUGUUCAAGAUGUGCUCAACAAAGGUUUCUACAGAAACCAGGUAGAGAAAAUACCAGAAUCAUUUAUGUCAAAAGCUCAUUACAUGAAGUCAUUCAUUCCCCCUCUGCUUGAGGAAACACAUGCUGAUUUGUUUUCAAGCACAGAAUCACUGGCUGGUGCACCAAGAUGUAAAAUAUUAUCUGUGAGGAAACCUAAGAGCUAUAAUCCAGCAACAAAUGACUUGUUUUACAAAAUCACAGUGGAAAGAUCUUGGAGGGGAUAUGUGCCUUGGGUUGGAGAUCUUAUUGCGCUAACAAAUGUGAAACCAAAAUGCUUUUAUGAUCUAAUCAAUCCACAGCAAUCCUAUCUUGUUGCUUUUGUUCAUGCUGCAAAUGGAGGAAAUUUGUCAAUACUAUCCUCAAAGCCAAUCGAGGAUGAAGAAGGCUCGAGGAUGAAAGAAACAGUACUCUUUGCUGUUCGUUUGAUAAAUCUGACGACAAAUUUGCGUAUAUGGAAUGCGUUGAACUCGGAACUAGAAGGAAAGAACAUGAACAUUAUUGAGAAAGUGCUGCAAAAUAAUUUCACUAACACCUUACUUUUCAUCCCUGUUUAUGUUCAGUCUUCAUCACAUACUAUUCAUGUUGAGAAUUGUACUCUCUGCUCUUCUGGUGAAAAUAGCGGCGUUGCCUCUUCAUGCAUAAGGGACACAUUACCAUCUUUUAGUCUAAAUGACUCGCAAGAAGCUGCGGUUUUAAGCUGUAUUCACACCAUGGGAUGCUGUCAUCAACCUACUGUCAAAUUAAUAUGGGGUCCUCCCGGAACUGGGAAAACAAAGACCGUUGGUUUCUUGCUAUAUACUCUAUUAAGAAUGAAAUGCAGGACACUUACAUGUGCCCCGACCAACAUUGCAGUGUUGGAAGUGGCAGGCCGUGUUCUGAGUUCAGCGGUAGACUUAUAUGGAUAUGAAGGCUAUGGGAUGGGAGAUAUAGUCCUAUUUGGGAAUCAGAAGAGAAUGACGAUUGAAGAUCAUAAUGAACUUCUUCAUGUAUUUCUGGACAAUCGUGUUAACAUACUUGUUAGGUGUUUCGGCCCUUCUGGUUGGGAUUCUAGUUUAGAAUCCAUGAUAUCAUUGCUGGAACAUAUGGAAGAGCAGUUCCGUUUGUGGUUGCAGGAUGACAAUGAAGAGGAUGAAGAUGAUGAGAAGAUAAAUACAAUUCAAGAAAGGGAGGAAAAGAAAAACAAUCAAAGCAAUACGGAGACGAGAAGCAAGAAAAUUUGGAAGGAAAUUGAGAAAGCUGAUGUACAAGCCUUAAAAGAAAACGAAAAUAGGAAGAAACAGAAGGCAAGAUGUGAUCCUUUGACAUAUGGGAAAUCUUUAAGGAGAAGAUUCAAAUCCACCAGUGAGAGAUUAAAGUUCUGUAUUGUAAAUUUGUACAGUCACUUACCAACUUCUUUCAUUCCAUUAGAAGUGAUGAAGAACAUGAUGAGAGCUCUUGAUUUGGUGGAAUCUCUUGAAAUUUUAUUGCACAGAUUCAGUGUUGCCACUAAACAAUCAAAGCAGGCUCGUAAGGAAUGCAAGGAUGUGGGAAGCAGAUUUGACAACCAUAUGCAGCUUUGGAAUGUUGUAAAAGACUGUCUCAAUAGACUGAGAUUACUUCCACAAACAUUCGCUCUUCCACGUCUCAAAAGUAGAUUUGCCAUAAAGAAGUUUUGCCUGACAAAUGCAUGCUUGAUUUUCUGUACUGUGUCAUCCUCUGCCAAACUGCAUAUAAAAGGACUGGCACCUCUGCGUUUCUUAGUUAUCGAUGAGGCUGCUCAGCUCAAGGAAUGUGAAUCAACUAUUCCUUUACAACUCCCUGGUCUUCUCCAUGCUAUUCUCAUUGGAGACGAGCGACAAUUGCCUGCAAUGGUUAAUAGCAAGAUUUCUGAGAAGGCUCGAUUCGGUAGAAGUUUGUUUGAGAGGUUGAUAAAGAUAGGGUGCAAGAAACACCUUCUCAACAUUCAAUAUCGAAUGCAUCCAUCAAUAAGCUUAUUUCCCAACACAGAGUUCUAUGGCAGACGGAUUUUGGAUGGGCCAAAUGUGACAGAAACUGGUUACAGGAGAGAGUUCCUCAAAGGAAAAAUGUUUGGAUCCUAUUCUUUUAUAAAUAUAGCCCAUGGAAAAGAAGAUUUUGAUGAGCAUCGGAGCUGUAUAAAUUUUGUUGAGGUUGCUGUUGUUGCUGAAAUAGUUGGGAGCCUUUUCAAAGAAUUCCUUGCCGCGAAGAAGAAGGUUAGCGUCGGUGUCAUUUCACCAUAUGCAGCUCAAGUUUCCGCAAUUCAAGAGAAGAUUGGGAAAGGCAUUUCAGAUUCUCACAGUGACUUCUCCGUAAAUGUUCGUGCUGUUGAUGGUUUUCAAGGUGGUGAGGAGGAUGUAAUAAUUAUCUCUACUGUUCGAAGCAAUGAUAAAGGAUCAGUGGGCUUUGUUUCCAAUCGUCAACGAGCGAAUGUGGCACUGACUCGUGCAAGGCAUUGCCUUUGGAUAUUGGGAAAUGCAGCAAGUUUAGUUAGGAGUGACUCUAUUUGGAAGAAGUUAGUGAAUGAUGCCAAGGAUCGGCAAUGCUUCCAUAAUGCCGACGAGGACAAGAAUUUGGCUCAGGCUAUUACAGCUUCUUUGAUUGAGCUUGGCCAACAUGAUGUUUUGCUACAAACUGACUCUCUAUUGUUCCAGAACGCAAGAUGGAAGGUUUGUUUUAGCAAUGAUUUUCGGAGAUCUAUGGCAAGAGUUAGGAAAGUUGGAAUUUGUAAGGAAGUGCUUUCCCUAUUAGCAAAGCUUUCAAAUGGUUGGCGUCCGUCUCGCAAGAAGAGAAACCAAAUUGUUCAUAAAGGAAUUUGUGGUCCACUGUUAGAACAGCACAAAGUUGGAGAGCAACUGCAUCUGGUUUGGACUGUGGACAUUCAUUGCGAAAAUUCAUUUUACCUUCAAGUUUUGCAGGUUUGGGGUAUUUUACCAUCGUCUGAUAUACCGAAACUAGCCAUGAAUCUCGACACCUUAUUUAGGAAUUAUACAGAGGAGCUGAUGAAUUGCUGCUUAUAUAAAUGCAAGGAGGGGAAAUUGGUUGUUCCUAUGAGAUGGCCAGUGGAGACAAAUAGUUUCAGUGAUGCAAGCUGUUCUGAAGCUGAUGUUGUGCAGUUUUCAAAAUUAUUGACAUUACUCAGCCUCAAGGAUAAAUCAAGUACAAAAACAAUGGAAGCUGAAAAGGAAUCAGUAAAUGUAAAGCCAUCAGAUUACAUCUGCCGAGUUGACGACGAUGCACGAUGA